AUGUUUUUAGAUAAUUCUGGUCGUCAUCCUCUAACACAAGAACAAGUUGUUCGUUCCAACAUUGCAAAUGCUUGUGUCCCUAGGUUGGAUGAAGCAGAAUGUGAACGUUCUCUCUGUUAUAAUUUACAUUUUCGAACAAUGGACGGAACUUGUAAUAAUUUUCAGUUUCCCCUUCGAGGUGCAGCGUUCCGCCCUUAUAGCAGGCAAGUUUAG